AUGGAUUCAUCAUCAGGGGCUAGUAGUAGUUCUUCAUCUGCGUCGUCCCGUCGUCCUUCUUCUUCUUCUUAUGAUGUGUUCAUCAAUUUCAGAGGUCCAGAUACUCGCGCAAGCUUUGUCAGUCUGCUUUACAAAGCUCUAAUAAAAGAUGGAAUCAAUGCCUACAAAGAUAGCGAAGAUCUCUGGGAAGGAGAUGAGAUUUGCCCAUCUCUUCUAAGAGCAAUCCGAAAGUCUGAAAUCUCGAUUCCUGUCAUCUCUGAAAAUUAUGCAGAGAGCAAAUAUUGUCUCUUGGAACUUGCUGAGAUUUGGGAGUGCCAUAAAUCUAAUGCUCAAACCAUUCUACCUGUAUUCAUUGAUGUUGAACCACGAAAUGUUCGACAUCAGACCGGAAGUUUUGAGGUUCCAUUUCAGGAACACCAGAGGAAGUAUAAGUCUGAUGAUGUAGAGCGUUGGAAGAAUGCUUUGAAAGAGGUGGGGAAUCUAAAGGGAUGGACUUUCAAGAGGGACAAAGCAACCAUUGAGUAA